AACCAUUCCGGGUGUAAUUUUUUGAGAGUACAACAUAUUUGACAUACACGUUUUGAGUACAAUUUUAGAGUUUCAUAAGUGGUACAGCCUAUACAUCAUUCGAGAUACAGAAAAGGAGACAAAUAUAGUUUUGAACAUGCAGCGAUCUUUAAAAUGUAUCGUCCUUGCUGCCUCGGGACUAAUUUCUGGAACAUUUGCUUACAAAACAAGAGAUUUUUGGGAUGGAAUGUUUGUGAAAAUUUACGCGGCCGCCGGCAGUUCAAGUCCAGAAAUCCUGAGGUCAGGUUUUUCAAAUGACAUCCGUACUUGGAACAAGAACUGGGAUUUUCGCGAACCAAGUGUUUUUAGAGGACUACAGGGUUAUGGUGAAGAGCAAACCAAGAAACCAAGUGCAAAUCGUCACUUAGUGUUUGUUCGUCAUGGAGAAUAUGAUAAUGCUAAGAAGGACAAGCGUCUGACUGAUAAAGGAAGGCAACAAGCAAUUAAGACUGGAGAAAGAUUGAAAUUUUUUCCUCAGAACACUGACAUUAAUGGAAAAAUUGAUAAAAUAGUUAUUUCAUCGAUGACACGUGCCAAGGAAACUGGAGAAUUGAUCAGAAAAUCAUUGCCCGAUGUUCCUUAUGAAUACUGUGAUUUUCUUACAGAGGGAGCACCGUGUAUUCCUGAACCUCCAGUAUGGAGAGCAGAUAAGCAGGAGAUUUUUCAAGAUAGCGCUCGCAUCGAAUCAGCUUUUCGGAAAUAUGUGCACAGGGCUGACGUGGACCAAUCAAAAGAGACAAUCGAAGUUUAUGUUUGUCAUGCCAAUGUCAUUCGUUACUUUGUUUGCAGGGCAUUACAAUUCCCGCCAGAAGGCUGGUUGAGAUUGAGCACUGGGCACUGUGGCUUAACAUGGUUAACUAUAAAACCAAAUGGAAAUGUAAUUUUAAGGACAUUUGGUGAUGUUGGACAUUUGCCGCCAAAUCUUACCACUCGUUGAUGGAAUUUAAACUAUAAUAACCAAGUUGACCGUUAAACUUUUUCUACUAAAGAUUACGAACAAUAGUAUAUGUGUGGUGCUUUAUUUUGUGGAUCUAGCUGAUGUGUAAAAUACAGCUUGCGUAUUCAUUUUCAUCAAGAUGGUGUGAGCUGAAAUGCUAUUGCAUGAGUUAAGCUGAGAAGUAAGUAGCAACUAGCGUUAACAAGGGUGUUACUGAUGUAAGUUGAAGUAUUGCUAGUGUUAGCGGGGACAUGUAUCUGUUGUAGGAUGAAGUGCGUGAGCUAAGGAACAGCUGAUGUAAGUUGUAUAAAAUCAUGUGAAGAUUAUAGAAGACAACUCUGGAAGGAAUAAAUGAAUUUUUUCCUUCAAA